AAAAAAUUUUGCUCGAAGUUCUCUGAGCUUGAGAGAGAGAGAGAGAGAGCGUCAAUGGCUGUCCUUUCAGCUUCUCUGCUUCUUCUUCUUCCCCAUCCUUUUUCCUCUGCAAAGCGAUGUCGUUCUUAUAUCCCUUCCCAUUCUCGAAACCCUAAUUAUAGGCCCAUUUCCUCCAUUGUUGCAUGCGAAAACAGAGCUCUCUGCUCCAUGCCCAUCCUUAGCCAAUCGCAGGAGACCUUAACUCUCCGUGAAAUUUGCCAAGGCCACGUUCCUGAGCCCGUACUGAAAAGGGCAGAGGAAGUUGGAUAUGUAAUACCAACUGAUGUACAAAGACAAGCUUUGCCUACCCUCUUCUCCGGCCGCGAUUGUGUGCUUCACGCUCAGACAGGUUCUGGGAAGACACUCACUUACCUGCUGUUGAUAUAUUCUGUUGUAAAAACUCAAAGAUCAGCUGUGCAAGCACUCAUCGUAGUGCCCACUAGGGAACUUGGUAUGCAAGUUACCAAAGUUGCUCGGAUGUUAGCUGCAAGACCUAUGGAAAGUGAAUUGGAUCAGAAAUUGUGCACGGUCAUGGCUCUUUUAGAUGGAGGAAUGUUGAGAAGACACAAGAGUUGGCUAAAGGCGGAGCCUCCUACAGUUGUGGUUGCGACCAUAGGGAGUUUGUGCCAGAUGCUUGAGAAGCAAAUCUUUACUCUUGAUUCAAUGCGUGUACUGGUAAUUGAUGAGGUUGAUUUCAUGUUCAACUCAUCAAAACAAGUCAGUUCUCUUCGAAAACUUUUGACAUCGUAUUCGACAAUCAGUAAUCGUCAGACUGUUUUUGCCAGUGCGUCUAUCCCUCAGCAUAGGCAUUUUUUACAUGACUGUAUACAGCAGAAAUGGACCAAGAGCGAUGUUGUUCAUGUACAUGUGAAUGCAAUUGAGCCCAUGCCAACAUGCAUAGUUCAUAGAUUUGUGUUAUGUGCUAAGAACAGGAGGCAGCAAACCUUGCUUUCAUUAUUACAAUCUGAUGCACCAGAUUCUGGCAUUAUUUUUGUCGGUGAGCAGUCUGAAAAAUCAAAGAAAGCUGGAAAUGCUCCGCAAACGACUCUAUUAAUCAAUUUUUUGAAGGCUUCAUAUGGUGGUGAUUCAGAAAUCCUCCUUUUAGAAGAAGACAUGAAUUUCAAUUCACGAGCAGCUUCUUUAUCGGAAGUAAGACAAGGAGGCGGCUUUCUUCUGGUGUCAACAGAUAUAGCUGCUAGGGGAGUUGACUUGCCGGAAACUACUCAUAUAUACAACUUUGAUCUGCCAAGAACCGCCAUAGAUUAUCUUCAUCGUGCCGGACGAACAGGAAGAAAACCAUUUUCCAUUGAGAAAUGUACUGUUACCAGCAUUAUAACUCCGCAGGAACGGUUUGUUUUGCAAAGAUAUGAAAAUGAAUUAAUGUUCAAUUGUGAAGAGCUUAUUAUAUAGAAACAAUUUAAUGUCCACAUUGGUUCUUGUAAAAUUGGUUCCUCCUAUUCUUGUAA